AUGGCCGGGAGCCUCACGGAGCCCCACUUUGCCCCCAGCCACCCCCUCUCUGCUGCUGGCAGGCUGAAUAUCCUGGUGGAUACAGGGAGCAGUAACUUCGCUGUGGGAGCAGCUCCUCACCCUUUCCUCCGGAGAUAUUACCAGAGGCAGCUGUCCAGCACCUACCGUGACCUGCGGAAGGGAGUGUACGUGCCCUACACCCAGGGCAAGUGGGAAGGGGAACUGGGCACUGACCUGGUCACCAUCCCCCACGGCCCCAACGUCACCGUCAGAGCCAACAUCGCUGCCAUCACCGAGUCAGACAAGUUCUUCAUCAACGGCUCCAACUGGGAGGGGAUCCUGGGACUGGCCUAUGCCGAGAUCGCCCGGCCUGACGACAGCCUGGAGCCCUUCUUUGACUCACUGGUGAAGCAAACCCGGGUGCCCAACAUCUUCUCCCUCCAGCUUUGUGGGGCAGGCUUCUCACCUAACGAGACAGAGGCCCUGGCAGCUGUGGGGGGCAGCAUGAUCAUCGGUGGCAUCGACCGCUCGCUCUACGUGGGUGACAUCUGGUACACCCCCAUCCGGAAGGAGUGGUACUACGAGGUCAUCAUCGUCAAGCUGGAGGUUAAUGGGCAGGACCUGAACAUGGACUGCAAAGAGUACAACUAUGACAAGAGCAUUGUGGACAGCGGGACCACCAACCUCAGGCUGCCAAAGAAGGUGUUUGAAGCUGCAGUGAAAUCCAUCAAAACAGCUUCUUCGACGGAGAAGUUCCCAGAUGGCUUCUGGCUGGGGGAGCAGCUGGUUUGCUGGCAGGUCGGCACCACUCCCUGGCACAUCUUCCCCGUCCUGUCCCUCUAUCUGAUGGGGGAGGCCACCAACCAGUCCUUCCGGAUCACCAUCCUGCCCCAGCAAUACCUGCGCCCGGUGGAGGACGUGGCCACCUCUCAGGAUGACUGCUACAAGUUCGCCAUCUCCCAGUCCUCCACGGGCACCGUCAUGGGCGCUGUCAUCAUGGAGGGCUUCUACGUGGUCUUCGACCGCGCCCGCCGGGGGGAGGGAGGAGCAGAGGGGACGUGGACGUGGUGGCCAGAGCUCUGUCUUCUCCCCCCCGCAGUGCACGACGAGUUCCGGACGGCGGCGGUGGAGGGGCCCUACCUGCACCCCAACAUGGAGGACUGCGGCUACAACAUCCCGCAGACGGACGAGUCCACCCUGAUGACCAUUGCCUACGUGAUGGCCGCCAUCUGCGCCCUCUUCAUGCUGCCCCUCUGCCUCAUGGUGUUCCAGUGGCGCUGCUUCCGCUGCCUGCGGCGCGACCACGACGACUUCGCCGACGACAUCUCCCUGCUGAAGUGA